CCGACAACCACCAGACAACUCCCCUACCUCCCUCUCGAAUCACUACCAACAGAGAAAAUGGCCGACGACGGCCUCCUCCUCAACUUCUCCAUCCCCGGAGACAACGACUUCACCAAACCCGAACCCAAGCUGAAAGGCGGUACGUGGAAGGACCGACUCAGCGCGAAGAAGAAAGCGCAGCAUCGCGCAAAGAAGCCGCGCGAUGGCGAUGACUCGAACUCGAACGCGAACGCCGACCGUCCGGUGCGCAAUCCGAACCGCAUCCAGGUGAACAGCGACUCGAGACCGCAGAAAAGACAGCGGACAGACGGAGGAUUUGAGGGGAAGCCGCAGGGACAGGGACACGGAAAGGGACAGAAGAAUCAGCAUCCGCGACAAUUCAUCUCGUCGCUAUUCUCGAAGAACCCCGAGGCGCAGAAUGUGGAAGAUGAGGAUGUCAAGGACAAGGACCAGGACGUGGAGGACGCCAAGCCGACGAAUGCGCCGCUGAUCGACGGACUCGAUACAUUUACGAACCUGGGACUGUCUCCGACCCUGGCGGCGCAUUUGCUGACGAAGCUGGAGCUCAAGGCGCCGACGGCGAUUCAGAAGGCGUCGAUAUCGCAGCUCCUGAAAGACGAGGACAGCGAUGCUUUCAUCCAGGCGGAGACCGGUUCCGGAAAGACGCUGGCGUAUCUGCUGCCGUUGGUUCAGCGGAUCAUGGCGCUGUCGCAGUCUCAGAAGAAGAGGACCGCCAGCCAGGCGGAGGGCAGCGAAGGCGAUGUAAAUGUGCACCGCGAUAGUGGGCUGUUUGCGAUCAUUUUGGCGCCGACGCGUGAGCUGUGCAAGCAGAUCUCGGUGGUGCUGGAGGGUCUACUACGGUGCGCGCAUUGGAUCGUGGCAGGUACGGUGAUCGGAGGAGAGAAGAAGAAGUCGGAGAAGGCGAGGCUGCGCAAAGGGCUGAACAUCCUGGUGGCGACGCCGGGUCGAUUGGCGGAUCACCUCGACAACACGCAGGUGUUGGAUGUCAGCAACGUGCGGUGGUUGGUGCUGGACGAGGGAGAUCGGUUGAUGGAGCUGGGAUUCGAGCAGGAGCUGCAGGGCAUCAUCCAGAAGCUGGACGCGCGACAACGGCCUAGUCGCAUCCCCGGGGUUCCGACGAAGCGGACGACGGUCCUCUGCUCGGCGACGCUGAAGAUGAACGUGCAGAAGCUGGGCGAGAUCAGUCUGAAGGACGCGAUCCACGUCAAGGCGAACCCAGAAGACGAGGACGGUGAGCCCAAGAAGAACGAAGACGAGGCAUUCCGGGUCCCCGCGCAGCUGAAGCAAUCCUACGCGAUUGUCGCAGCCAAGCUGAGACUGGUCACGCUGACGGCGUUCCUGAAACGCACGUUCAUGCGAAAGGGCUCCGUCAUGAAGGCCAUCGUGUUCGUGACCUGCGCCGACUCGGUCGACUUCCAUUUCGAACUCUUCACCCGAAACCACUACUCGCGCGAGGACGCCAAACGAAAAAGCUCCUCCAGCGACAAGGAAGACUCAGACUCGGACUCAGACGAAAACAACUCCUCUAACGACAACGACGACGCCAGAGCGAAACUCUCCCCCCACGGCACCAUCGCCCCCGCCACAGCCUUCUCCACCAAAACCAACCCCGUCACGCUGCACAAACUCCACGGCUCGCUGCCCCAGCACGUCCGAACCUCGACCCUCACCUCGUUCGCGCGCAGCCGCGACCCCUCCGUCCUGAUCUGCACAGACGUCGCCUCCCGCGGUCUCGAUCUCCCCAACGUCGACCUCGUCGUGGAAUACGACCCCGCCUUCAGCGCAGACGACCACACGCACCGCAUCGGGCGCACAGCCCGUCUCGGCCGCGACGGCCGCGCACUCAUCUUCCUGCAGCCCGGCUGCGAGGAGAACUACGUGGAGGUGCUGAAGCGCGGAUACCGGGACGGGGGGAAGGCGCUGACACGCACCACAGCCGCGGACAUCAUCCAGCGCGGGUUCAGCGGCAACAUCCAAUCCGAGGGCAAGAACUGGGAGGAGAAAGCCACCGACUUCCAGAUCGACAUCGAGCGCUGGGCCCUCGACAACCCGGAGUAUCUGGAGAUGGCGCGUCGGGCGUACCAGUCGCACAUCCGCGCGUAUGCGACGCACAUCGCCAACGAGCGCAGCAUGUUCAACAUCAAGGAGCUGCAUUUGGGCCAUUUGGCGAAGGCGUUUGCGCUGCGCGAUCGGCCUAGUAAGAUCAAUGUGCCGGGUCUGCGGCCGGGGCAGGAGGACACGAAGAAGGAUUUCAAGGCCGAGCGCAAGACCGGCUCGGCUGGGAAGAAGAGGAAGGGUGGUGUGGGUGGUCGCGACGACGAUGAUGAUGUCCCUCGCAUAUCGGAUACAGCCAGUGCGGCGCGCCUCAUGAGAGCCAAGGUCAAGGAGCAGAUGGCGGGUGCGAAUGAAUUCAACCUGGCUUGAUCUAUGGGGGUGGUUGCAAUCGUUGACUUGACUUGACUUGACCUGACUUGUAAUGUACAUAGGUAUAUAGCAUUGACGAAGCCAAAAGUAAUUUCUUUCCAUUC